GUCUGCACUCCGCUGAGACUCAGAUGGAAGGAAGGAGUAAACUGGCGUAACCUCACAGUCCAACCAAGACUCCUGAACUGAAGAACAAACUGAAUGUACAAGAGAAUAUCCAACCUAGAGGAAAAUUGAAGUUCAGUAAAAUAUAUAUAUAUUUUGUUUAAACCAAAGUGUUUUGGUGUUAAAGCCUUGGUCAGGCUGCAGGGUGCUCUGAGACUCAUAGACGAAACACAGAGUCAUGGAUUCAGACUCGGACUCUCCUUUUAACUACUCCUGGCCCUCUUUCCCCAAGAUGAGGAUACGCAAGAAGGCGGGCAAGCAAGAGAAGAGCCAGUCAAUGAGGGGGGCCCAGGCUCUGUCCUCUACUCUGGCUGCUGCCUCCAGACUCUCAGCCAUGAUCCACCGACCAGGGAAGGACCAGGUGUACGCCAAUGCCAUGCUGGUGGACCAGGUGGAUGACCAGGAUAUAAAGUACUGUUCUCCAAGGGAAGAGGAGGUGAGCUCUGUGCCACAGUUGAACAGCCCUGCCUGGGACUCCUUCUUUGGUAGUCUCCCUGGCUCCACAGCUCCUCAUAGGUUCCAGGCCUUCCCCCUUCCUUCCUCUCCCUCGGCCUACCCCUUUCCUUUCUCUGGUAGUAGUCAGAGGGGGAGCAUCCAGCCGUCCGUCUCCCUCUCCUCUGGGCUCAGUCAAAGAGGAACCAGUCGGCCUGAGGAGACCUGUGUACUGAGUUCCAGUCUGGACCCAGUAGAGUGUGACAGUGGGGAGGAGGACACCCUGUGCCAGUCUCCCCCCUCCCUCCCCAUCUCCUCUUCUCCAUGGCAACGCCCCACCCUGCAUACCAGCUCUGGGUACGAGAGGGACUCCUUUGACACCUCACCGGACUUCAACCGUACACACUCUGACAAUUCACACACACCUUCCAAGGAUCAGUCAGACCCACAACAUCGUCUGCGCUCUUACUCCUACUCCUCCCCCAAGGCCCAGCUUUCACGUCCCCUGUUAACCCGAGAUGUAGCAAUCUCCGACCUGACAGAAGAGCAUAUAGACUUCAACUUGACUGAGACACCCAGAGAGAAGAGGGAUGUGGGUUUCCGUAAGCGGGCCCAGUCUGCUGAGGAUGAAGGCAGCUUGUCAUCAUCACUCCAACACCUCACCCUCUCAGAGUUCCUCAAAGAGAUUCAGGACGAGGAGUGGGAUAAAUACAUAAUUCCCUCCAAGGUUGAGUCAGAGAAAUACAAAGUCAGCAGAACCUUCAGCUUCCUGAAGAGCAGGAUGUCCAGCCCUCGUAACAAGAUCAAGGUGAAGGAGGGUAAAGAGAGGACUGGAAAGGAGAAGACAGGAGCAACUAACGUACACCAGUUUGUGCCAGUCUCUCCCUCAGGACCCUCUGGGCUGUCUGUAUAUGUGGCCUGUGACAAGCCCUUCCCUGUGAAGGAGUUGCUGCAGUGUACCAACUGCUCUCUGAGUGUCCAUAAGGGCUGUCGUGACUCGGCUGCAGCAUGUGGGAAGAGGCCUCUGGAGAAGAAUGUGGCGAUAUUAAAGACCAAAUCUCUCCCGCACAACUCAGUGAUGAGGGAGGGUUCCACUGCCCCCCUCACCUCUUCCUCCUCCCUCCUCACCAUGCUGCCCCGAGGCAGAAAAUAUAUGACUACUCCCCUCUCUAAGAGCCCCUCUGAGUCUACAGACAGGAGGCUGAGUGAUGCUGUGGGGGUCGGUGUGGACAGUGACGUGUGGAGCAGCUGCUCCCUUAGUGAAGAAGGGGUACAGGUAACAGGGACCCCCCCAUCCACAGACCAUCAAUCCACCACAGAGGAGUCAGUCGACACCCCCCUGCUCAGCGACCUAUCGGCUGACCUGCUGGGGUUUGAGGUGGAGUCCUGGAGUCUGGCCGUCACAACUGAGUUCUGCAGAAAACACGACAAACACACCGUCAAACGACAGGAUGUCAUCUACGAGCUGAUGCAGACAGAGUUGCACCACAUCCAGACACUGACGGUGAUGUCCGAGGUGUUUCGUCGAGGGAUGCUGGACGAGCUCCAACUGGACUGGGAGUGUGUGGCUCGCAUCUUCCCCUGUCUGGAUCCUCUCCUGCUCUUCCACAGGAAUCUCUUCGGAUCUCUACAGGAGCGGCGAUACGCCUCAGCCCAGCCAGGACACCCACGCAACUACUGCAUCCACAGUAUAGGGGAUAUACUGUUGCAACAGUUCUCAGAAGACAACGCUGUGAAGAUGAAGCAAGUGUACGGAGAGUUCUGUAGUCACCACACGGAGGCUGUCAACGUCUUCAAAGAGCUGCAGCAGCAGAACAAGAAGUUCCAGGUGUUUCUCAAACAACAGAGUAACAACUCUCUGGUCAGAAGAAGGGAGGUGCCAGAGUUCAUCCUGCUAGUGACUCAGCGCAUCACCAAGUACCCUGUACUACUGGAGAGGAUACUGCACUAUACAACUGAGGGCAGUGAGGAGCACACUGAGCUGUCGCGGGCACUCACUCAGGUACGUGACAUCAUCACUGCAGUGGACAUGAGCGUGAGCGAGUACGAGAAGGGCCAAGAGCUGCAGGAGGUGCUGAGUCGCGUGGAGAACAAGAGCCUGGCCAAGCUGAAGAGUGGCAAGGUGUUCCGCAAGCACGACCUGCUAGGGCAACACCAACAGAGGGCUCUACAGCACAAGGGACUUGUCUACUGGAAAACUGCUACGGGACGACUGAAAGACACCCUGGCUCUGCUGCUGACUGAUGUGCUGGUGUUCCUGCAGGAGAAGGACCAGAGGUUCAUAUUUGCUGCCGUGGACCAGAAGCCCCCAGUCAUCCCCCUGCAGAAGCUGAUUGUGAGAGAGGUAGCCAAUGAGGAGAGAGGGAUGUUCCUAAUCUCUGCCUCCUCAGUGGGGCCUGAGAUGUACGAGGUUCAUACCUCCUCGAAAGAAGAGAGGAACGCCUGGAUGAGACACAUACGACGGGCCGUAGAGAGUUGUCCUGAGGAGGAGGAAGAGAGAAGUGUUGAGACUGAGGAGGUCAGACGGAACACUGAGCUGAGAGUUCAGAAGAUCCACAAACUCCAAGACACCCUGGCAAGUCAGGACCAGCGUAUCUGCAGUGGUCUGGAGGAGAAGCUACAGCUGUAUGCAGAGCUGACAGAGUUAACCCUUCACACGCCAGAGCCCCUGCCACAGCACCUACUGGUCCAACCAGACCCUGAUGCUCAGAUGCCACCGCAGACCACUGCACUACUCACAGCUGCACUCAAAGAGGCGGAGAAGCUGAUGUCUACCCUGCAGGCCAGUGAGGCCCCCACUGAGCCCAGCAACAGCCCCCCUGUCAGAGUUCCAGAGUACUGCAGCUACAAGAGCCAUUGCAGGAUCCAGGAGUCACCCGCUGAGUUGGACUAUCUGAGCACGCUCAGUGUGAGCUCGGCCUCUCUGGUGUCGGAUGGCGAGUGGGCGGGGCCAGACACCAUCUUGUGGCACUCUAUAACCGAGCUGAGGAGAAGAGACACCAAGGGAACACCAAUGAAGGUGGCACAGAGUGUCCAGAGCCUGACCCAGUUGCUCUACAGUCUGCAGGCAGCUGUGACCAUCCAGGACAGCUGCUAUGAGGUCCAGAAGCUCCUCCUACUGGAGCUAGAGAGCCUGCCCCCACACACCCCCUCCUGUCUCCAUGGCAAUGGGGCCCAGGAGCAGGAGAAACAGCAGAGUGCUGAGAAGAAAAAGGAGGAGGUAGAGAGGAGGAGUGUGGAAAGGAGGAGAGAGGAGGUGGAGGGGAUUCAGAAGCUACAGGGGAGGCUGAGACAGGACCAGCAGCGCUGGGAGAGAGAGUGUCUGGCCAGGGAGAGACAACAGGGGGAGCAGGAGAGUCUGCUGGAGCAGCGUGAGCGACAGUGCCACCUGGAGGCUGAGAGGCUGCGCCGCGAGCGGGAAGAGCUGGAGCAGCAGCUGUUGGAGUACCAGCAGAGCCUAGAGAGGCUGAGGGAGGGCCAGAGGAGCGUGGAGAGGGACAGGGACAGGGUGGAAGCCGAGCACAGGCUGCUCCAGAGCUGGAGACACAACCGCCAGAGUUCCCUGCCCAUUAUGAUACCGCUGGACCUGGACCAGGUGUCCAACCACAGUCGGUCAGGCAGCCUGGACGGCAACGAGGCUGCUCUCCUCCAUUCCCUCCAACAGAAUCGUCUCCACCACAACCAGCACCAGAGCCUCCACUCUGGGCUGAGGAAGAGCCAGGACAGCCCCAAUCACAGCCCAAUCCAUAGCCCCAACCUGAGCCUCAGGCCCAGCCUCUACAACAGCCUCAACACUCUGCUCAGCCAGGCCCACAGUAAACCAGCCACAGACUCACUGACACACCAACACUAUGCCCACCCCCAGCACAGCCACCUCCAGCCAGGAAACUCCCCAAACAACCCCUUUGGGAGCAGGUUCACCACAGGACAUGAGGCGCCCAAUAAUAACAAUUUCAGCCCUCCUCGGGACAGGCUGACCCUGGGGUUGUUGCGUUCAUUGGGGUCAGAGGUCACAGGCCUGGGUCUGUACGAGGAGAACUUCCCUGCCUCGGCCUCCCUCACUCCCCUCCUCACACCACAGGCCUACCUCUCUUUGGAUGGACAGAACGGGGAGGAUGGAGGAGAGGAGAACAUUGUGUACCUCUGAGGAAUGCAAGACUGAUGGAGUGAUGGGGGAGAAGUGUGCAGUGCCAGCUGCCUUACGUACAUCUGUCUAGAAUGUACCCCCUCUCUGCCUUUGUGUGUGCGUGUGUGUAAAGUGUACAGUAUGAAGUGUUAUAAUUAGUUCCUAUGUUUUUGACAAAAAAUGGGAAUGCAGGGCCGUAACUAGGGUUUGAGUUUUAGUGAGGUCCGGAAGCGACGAAACAAAAACGCAUUACAUUUUUAGAACUGUAUUGUUUGCAUUUUGAUUGCAUUUUAAUGUUGGCCUAUAGGGAAGAUAGGCCAUGUGGAUAUGUUCAUAUUAAAACAUAAAUUUUUGUUUGAUAAGAUCAGUACAGAAUUUCUCAGGGGACCUCACAUCGGGCCCCGACCCCAAGUUUAGGAACCACUGUACUAACCUCUCUCUCUGCUUGCUUCCUCUCUCUUUCUCGCUGUCUCAUCUGCUUCCUCCUGCAUGCAUUGCAGCCUGCCUUAGCCUCAACACUGAGCGCCACAUCACUGUCUGUCUCAGUAGCCUACUCUCUGUAAAGCGAAGUUAUUAUGAUAACUUAGUAGUGUAUUUUUUGCUCCUGCUGAGGUAGGCUGCGUUUAACAUAAGCUUCUUACUUCAUCCUUCUAGCUGGCUAAUACUAGCCAGAGCCCUUCAACUUACUGCAAUAGAAGUCUCUGCCGGCAGAUAGCCACCUGACUGACAUAUCUAUAAGCGACUAUUUACAAGUUGUGCACUCAUUUUCUGAGAAUUUUUUUGUUUGUUUGUUUGGGUGAUGUCUGUAGACACGACUGGAUUAGCGGGACAGUUUUAAAUUGCCGGCAUCUCGCAAACACACUGUCAGCAGUGUCUCUAGACUAGUUGCCUAUUGAGCUGACUGCGAGCUGGGGUAGGUCCUUUCACGUCGCUCUCUGCCUGUGCCGCGAGAGGGCAGAUUUAGCAGUUUGAGAGAGUAGUGAAUGUGCUGCUAAAAAGGCAAAUCCGGGAAGCAAAUCUGGGGAACGCAGGCAAACAUAAUGAACAAACCACUGUUCAUGAUUCCACUCAUUCGCAAAGAGGCAGGCGUGAUUACAAUUGGGCAAUCGUUCGACAGGGAUGCUGACCCAUGUUGACUCCAAUGCUUCCCACAGUUGUGUCAAGUUGGCUGGAUGUCCUUUGGGUGGUGG